AUGGACCGAUGCCUAAGUUCUUCGAAAGUUGAUAUCGAUGUAGAGACUGGUGCUCAACAGUGCUUCGCCGAAAAACAAGGAGACGCCAGCGUAUCCCCUCCUCCAUACGAAUAUCAGGAGCCCCCACCCUAUAGUUCUAUUACAGCCCCUGCUUGCAUGUCCUACUCAUCGGUCCAGUAUCUUUGUCUUUUCGGAUUUUUAUUUCCCCCCUCAUGGAUAAUUAGAGCCCUCGCACUCCUUUCACCUCUGCAUCAAAUUCUUCCAUGGAUGUUCUCAUCAAAACCUGAGGCACUAAUCCCCAACGAGGGCUUACUAAGGCGCAAAACAGAGAUGAAAUGGGCGAGCACUUGCUUGAUCCUUAUCAGCCUGUUCAGUCUAAUUGGGACAAUUGUCUUCAUAGUUCGAAUCACGGCCAAGGAUGCCAGCUGA